AUGGGGAAAGCACAAACCACUGACGACUUCCUCUUUCUCUACCCACAGGUGUUAUUUUUCAAGAUGUUCUGGACUGACAGCACCAUCAAUCAGCCCCCAGCACCCCGUCCUGUCACUAAGUUUGCCUCCAAGUCCACAGAAUCACCCUCCCUCUUGGACUCUCUGCCCGAGGAGUUCACCAACUUGACCCACCUUCUGUACUGGCCUCCAACCCCAGGAGAUCAGGGAAACUUCUUGGCCUCUACCAGUCCCCAGACCUCCACCUACCACCUGAGGGGCCCUGUGCAAGUCACUUACGACCUGGGAAGCUCCCUAGAGGCUGUCCUUGUGGCCAGGGACCACCGGGGCAGGCCCAAGACCCACGGUGGGGAUCUGUUUCGGGCAAAGCUGCUGGGUCCAGACUUAAAUGCGGGAGUCCCGGGGGAGGUGCAGGAUCUGGAGAACGGCACCUACCUGCUGUCUUUCCCUCUGCUCUGGGCUGGGAGGGCCCAGGUCAAAGUGUGGCUGAUCCACUCCAGUGAGGCAGUCGGAGUCCUGCGGAGAAUCUGGAGAGAGAAAGGGGCCACAGUCAAUUUCAGAGGGUAUUUCCGGGGACCAACAGGGGUGGAAGAGACUGUUGUUUGCAAUGUUGACCCCCAGUCGACUGGAGCAAAAGGGGCUACCUGCCAGUACAGAGAUGUGAUUUCUGGUGAGCUCUGGUUCUGUGCUCAACCCCCUACCCUGCCCUGCAACUCUUUAGUCGGCCACUCGAGUGGGAGUAUGCUGAAAGUGACCACACCACAGGAUGAGACCCUAUUGGCAGGGAAAGUGACUGACAAGCUGCUCCCGCAUGGCAAUUCUCCAAUUGAGAUCACUGUGGCAGCCGCAGGGAAUGUCAGUCUGGCCCUGUCCCCGCGGACCCCAUGCCACCCAGGGCUCCCAGCCCCAAGGCCCUCUGGCUUCUACUACCGAGAUGUGUGGCACUCACUGGCCUGCUCCGGUCGCUCCUUUUCCACUGAGGACAGCAUCCGGGGCUGCCUGGCAGGCCACAUCGUCCACAUGAUGGGGGACUCCACGCUUCGGCAGUGGUGGGAGUAUCUGCGUGACACCGUGUCCUCCCUCAAGCCCGUGGACCUGCACGUCACCUAUCAGGUGGGCCCCCUUAUGGCUGUGGACACCACCCGGGGCAUCGUGCUGCAGUGGCAGGCCCACAGAUGGCCCCUGCGCUCCCUCCGCACACCAGUAGCCUCCCUGCACUCUGUGGCCCGCGAGCUGGGGGGCCUGGCAGGGGGUCCCCACACCGUGGUGGUGCUGGGUCUGGGAGCUCACUUCACCACCUUCCCUCCGAUCAUCUUCAUGCGACGACUGGCAGGCAUCCGAGCAGCUGUGACAGCCCUGCUGGCCCGGGAGCCCCGCACGCUUGUGGUCAUCAAACUGGCCAACACCGGCUACAAGUCUGUGUAUGGCAGCGACUGGCUCACCCUGCAGGUGAACCGGCUGCUCCGAGCUGCCUUUGCUGGCCUCCAGGUGGCCUUUGUGGACGCCUGGGAAAUGACCUCCAGCCUGGCCCUGCCAGACAGCAUCCACCCAGGGAGACUCAUUGUGCGCAAUGAGGUGGACUUGCUCCUCUCCUUCAUCUGCCCCAGCUGA